CCUGUAUACAAUUGAGGGGGACCGACGUUGGGACACUACAGUGGCAAUCUGCACGAGUUCAACCUAACACGUACAAGUAAUAGAAAGAGGUAAAGGCAACGAUGAUCAGCCGCAUCCUUCUACUCGUGUGCCUGUGCCUUCGAGUCGCGAAGUCUCUGCCACCGGAUAAGGUACCCAUCCACAUAAUCAAAACCCGCAGCAUAGACCUGAAUAAUGCUCAUGGCUUAUCAAUGGAGACACGCCUGGAUAAGGUGGUGGAACCCACGGGCUACAAACUGGAUCUAGAACCUUACCUAGAAGACGGUCUCUUCAAAGGUCAUGUAGCCAUUAACGUGACCUGGUUGAUGGAUGGUAAUGAGAUCAAUGUGCAUUGUGCACACGAAAUUGAGAUUUUGGAGUCUGAAGUCAGAGCUCAUUUUUCUGGAGACACUAAGGAAUCAAAACGGGUCACCAUAAAUAAAUUGUCACUAGACCCAAAGAAACCUAUCGUUACCCUAUCUCUUGAGAGAACAGUAACAAAAGGAUCUACAGGAGUGCUAAAGUUCAGCUUCAAGGGUAAUCUGGAGACUUCAUCAACUGAAGCGUUUUUCAAAACAACUUACGUGACUGAGCAGGAAGUAGAAAGGAUUGUAGCAGCUACUCAACUGCGUCCAAACAACGCGCGUCGUAUGUUCCCCUGCUUUGAUGAGCCUGGGUACAAGACACCAUUCGAGCUCAGCGUUGUAAGGCCCAGGGAUAUGAUCGCGCUCAGCAAUGUGCCUGUGGCCAGAACUGAGAACAUACCUGAUGAACCAGACGCAGUAUGCGACCACUUUGAGAAGACACCUCCAAUGUCCACCUUCACACUCGGCUUGGUCAUUGCCAACUUGAAGCAGCUGGGAAAUUCUACGCAGCUUAAGGAUAAUAGUGGAAAUGAUAUUGAAAUUCGUGUUUGGGGUCGUCCAGAAUACUUGGAAGCUUUAGAAGGUAUCAAUGAAAAGGUAGUGAGAGUCUUCAAAGAGUUGGCUGCGUUCUGGCGAGUGCCUUUACCACUGAAGAGGUUGGAUAUCGUCGCUCUGCCGAACUACCAAGGAGUGAAGCCUGCUGAUAACUGGGGUCUUAUUGUGUUCAGGGAGAGUGACUUAAGUAGUCGUGGCUACAUUCAACUUGCCCAGGAGUUGUCCUACCAGUGGCUGGGAGCUCUGACUACGCCAGCUUGGUGGACUGAUGCUCACCUGAACAAGGCCCUUGUUGGUUACGUUGCCGCUGCUACUGCUUUUAAGAUCAACAAUGGCUCAGAAAUGGAAGGCAAGUGGCCUCUCACGGUCCUAUACUCCCUAUACUACGAGUUCAGCAAACGCUACCCCCACUCUCGCAUCACUGGUAUGAAGCAAGAGACGGCUUGCACCAAGAUUGAGCUGCUCUUCCGUAUGUUCAACUACACCCUCGGAGAAGAUACUUUCAAGAAUGGAAUUUGGAGGUUCUUGGAGUCUCGUAAAUUCAAAACCUUCUCCGGCGAUGAUAUCUGGAAUGCUCUGAAUGCGGCUGCAAGGGAAGCGUCCAAGAUUCCUCAGGGUGUGGACAUCAAGACGAUGACUAGGAGCUGGAUCGAAAAGGACAGACUGCCUCUCUUGAAUGUGCAGAGACAUUAUAACAAUAAUACAGCUGUUGUGACUCAGAAAGUAUAUCUUCGUGAAAGACCUCAUGACGUUCCCGAAGCUGCGAAGAUGUCGUGGUGGUUACCAGUGGUGAUUGCUGAGGAGAGCACCCUUGACCUGAAGGACACCACUCCAGCAGCCUGGAUGAAGGACCGGUCACCGCUCACCAUUCCCAACAUACCUGAUAAAGAUAAGUUCAUCAUUGUCAACCCUGAGGAAAUUGCUCCAUACCCAGUUAAUUAUGACCAAGACAACUGGAACUUGCUAUCGAACUUCUUGCAAAGCGACAAGAGGAAUAUGAUCCCCGAGCUGACGAGAGCCAAGCUCCUUCAUGAUGCAUGGAAUCUGGCGUAUGCUGGGGAGCUGUCCUUUGUGACUGCUUUCAACAUGACCCUGUUCUUGAAGAAUGAGAGACACCACCUUGUGUGGGAUCCUGUGUUCACCAUGAUUGAUCAUCUCGGAAGACAUAUUUGUCAAUGCCUACAUGGAAAGUUCCAGGCGUACGUUCGCGUACUCCUCAGUCCUCUAUAUGAAGAACUGGCUAAAGAUGAGAAGGAGGAUGAGGAACCUUGGCGCAAGCACCUCAGGUCCUUGACGAAGACCUUCCUCUGCCAGGCUGGGUACAAACCCUGCAUCAGGGACGCACAGGAACAGUAUAGCAAGUGGAUGCAGGCUAAAAACCCUGAUGAAGGAAAUCCCCUCGCCAAUCAGUACAUCUGUCCAGUCUUCAAAUGGGGCACCAUGAAGGAAUGGGAGUUUGGUCUGCAAAGAGUCAUAAACUUCCCUCCAUCGAGGAAGCAGAGUGAGAGGACCUACCUUCUGAAGACCUUGGCUGGAUGUCCUGAAUCCGAAGAGAAGAUCAACAGGCUCUUGAACAUAACACUGCUUGAAGGUCAUGCCAACUUCACGGAGACGGACGCUUUCUUAAUAUUUAGCAUGUUGACUGGAUCGGCGACUGGUUAUACUACUUUAUUCCACUUCCUUAGCAACAAUUGGGAUCUUUUGAAAGAAAGGUACUCAACAAGAACCAACCUCUGGGACAACUUGAUCACUUCAGCAACUUCACAAUUCACAACAGAAGAAGGUUUGGAACUGGUCUCCCAGCUCUACGUGACCCAUCAAGGCCAGUUCGCAUCCGCGGAGCAUAUCAUCGAGAAAUCAAUGAGAAACAUCAGAGAGGAAGCCAAGUGGUCGGCAGAAAACUUGCCAGUCAUUGAAGCGUGGCUUGACAAGUACCUCGCCAGUAGUGGCGUCAAGGAUGACAAGUUCAUCCACAAGUGA